AUGGCUCAGAAGAGAGAGAAAGAAGAAACAGAGCUCAAGGUACCCGAAACCCUGACCCUAUGCACAACUCAAAUAUCGAAUCCUCAGCCAAAGCUCUCCGGCACCGAGGAUUCGGCAUCUAGUUCUGCAAGGUUGGAUACGAAGCUCUCCGGCGCCGUUGACCUGAGAUCCAGAUCAGCGAAAUCGCCAGAGAGAUCGGAUCUGUCUCAACUUUCACGGUCAGAGGACUUAAAGGUAGACGGCGAGGUUUGGCUGAAAAAGCCGGUGGGGAAUCGGUGUUCUGGGUGUCGGAGGAAGGUGGGUUUGACGGGUUUUCGGUGCCGGUGCGGAGAACUGUUUUGUUCGGAGCACCGGUACUCCGAUCGACAUGAUUGUAGCUUUGAUUAUAAAGGAGUUGGACGAGAGGCGAUUGCUCGAGAAAAUCCGGUGAUUAGGCCGGCAAAGAUUCUCAAGGUGUGA